GAUGUCUCGGUAGCUUCUCUCUGCUGUGUUUUUCCGUGGCACACUUUAAUCCCCGGGAGCCACCGGAAGCUGAGGAUAAAGCUGCCCUAAAGUGCGUCACAGCGCCGAGCUUUCUCACGGCUAACGGACGCUGCAGCUCGUACACCGACCGUAUCCGUGGUUUUUUCCCCCCACCCCACUCCAAAGCAGGUAUUUUGGCUGCAGAAUGGUGAAGAUCGCGUUUCACUCGGCGGUGGCGCACAAGGCGCUGAACGGGAAAGAGGAGACGGCCGCCGUGAAGGAUCCGGAGCUGGCCUCUGCUCCGGAGCCCUCACUCACUCACCUCGCUCACCUGCUCACCUUACUGGGCAUCGCUUUCAUCCUCAGCGGGCUCAUCGUGGGCGGGGCCUGUCUCUACCGGUAUUUCACCCCAAAGAGGAUGUAUCACGGCGCAAUGCAGUUCAGCGACAUGUCAGGCGGUGUAGAGAACGAGCCGUACUACCUGCCACAAGUGGAGGAAGAGGUGGAGAUCUCUGACAGCAUGGCCGUUAUCAAUGUCCCACCUCCCCGCUUCAGACCCGGAGACCCCGCCUACAUCCUCCAUGACUUCAACAGAAAGCUGACGGCGUAUCUGGAUCUGACACUGAGGACCUGCUUUGUGAUUCCUCUAAACACCUCGGUUGUGCUCCCCCCUCAGGACCUCAUUGACCUCUUCUCACAGCUGAUGUCUGGCUCGUACCGCAGCUAUCUGGUGCACGAGGAUCUGGUGGUGACUGAGCGUAUUGAUGAUCUCAAACCUCUGGGUUUCUACAUCCACCGACUGUGUGAUGGCAGAGAAACGUACCGAAUGCAGCAUCGCUCCAGCCUCACAGGUGGAGGGAUCGAGAAGCGUUCUGCAGAUGAUUGUUUCACCAUCAAUCACUUUGAGAACACGUUUGUGACAGAGACCAGGAUCUGCAUGGCUUGAUAGGAGUGAAUGAGCAGUAGGCCAGAGACUGAUGUGGAGAGAGUCGGUGAAGCAACGAACGGAGUUCAACAGAAAGUUACUUUUGUACAAAAGUGUAACUCCAAUUUUUGCCUCUUCUGCUUAACCCUCAUGAUAAGUAGUCUUUAAGUUAGAACUUUAUAGCUGAAACCAUGUGUUCUGCUGUAUUGGUCUGUACCCGUUUUAGGUUGUAGCUCUUAUUGUUCAUGCCGACUUAAUAUUCACUUGCUAGCCUCGUAGUAGUUUCUAGCUAAAGAUUAAUAUGAAUUUAUUUCCUUAAGUUGGUUUGAUUGCUUUGCCUCCUGCAGAUGGCGUCGUUGUUACAGUAUUAUAAUAUUGAAUUGCCUCCAACCGACUGUUGUUCCUCAUUAUAAUGAAUAUCUGUGUGACACCGAGAAGACAUAAGACAAGUGUGUCUGCCUGCUGUUCAGUGCAGUUUGUAGAAUGUCAUUGUCUCCUAUAUGUAUUAGUCCAGACCAGACCACCGUAGAGUUCUAAAGUAUGCUGCAAUCAUUGUUAAUGUAUUAUUGGGCAUGAGAUAUGCAUUCCUGGAAAACAAGGCUGGAGUUCUCAGUCACCACUUUGUAGAUAUUUCCCAGAGGCCUCUGCUGUCUUGCUGUGUUGGUUUUUAUGUGAUGAUACCUAAUGGUGAAGAAGAUUAGUAUCUUGUGACUUGUUGUAUAGAAACCUUAUUUGUGAAAAUGUGAAAGC